GAAGCUAUUCGAGAUUCUAAUCAAACUACAAAGCCAGUUUCUGAAGCAUUACUAAUUCUUCCUGUAUUAUCUAAUAAUGAAGAGAAUAAACAUGAUCAAAGAGGAAAGCAAGCUCCAAUCUCUAUUCUUAGUAGAGAUUAUAUUACUAAUAAGAAGGCUGAAAGGUGGAGUCAAACUCUUUUUCAUGAUCUUGAACAAUAUAACGAAGAUGUAGUUAGACUACUUACAAAAGAGAAGUUAGAUAAAUAUAAAAAGAUAUCAGAACCUAAAGCUGGUCCUGGACCUAGAAUGCAAUUCUUUAGAAAAGAUAAUAAAUCUAAAAAUUUGAUUAAUGAAGAAUUUAGUUGCUUAGAAGAAAUUACUGAUAAACAAAAAAGAGAUCUAGAAUUUAGAGAGCAAGAAGAAUUAAGUAUAGCACUUAAAAGAAGGGCUAUAGCAGUAUAUCAUGCAAAAGUUUCCAGAUCUUACCCUGAUAAUAGAA